CAUGUUGCAUAUAUUAACUUGUUUAACUACUAAUUAUUUUGAUAGAGUGGCCAUGCCUGGGAUAUGACCUCAGCUGUUUUGAGUGAGAAAGGGCAUCCUAUCAGUGUGACUUAUCACUUCUCUGUACUCUCCCCAGUUCCUUAUUUUGUUCCUGCUGAGUUCAGAGCUAUUUUCCUCGCAGUCUGGCUUACCUGUGGAUGUUCUCAGCUUCAUUUUCUUUUACUAGAUUAAAUAUCUUCAUUAGGUAGGUGAUUCUGGUUUCUGUUACUUUUUCCUUAAAAUUAGUAUAUUGCUGAUUUGGAUCAGGGGCUGAGCUGUAGAUUGUCCGCAUGGUCACAGCAUGGUGACAUGUUGGUUCCCCAUGCAGAAUGCUACCUCAAGCACUUUAGCCAAAGGAGCUCUACAGUCUGUCCAGGAGUACUGGGGGACACUGGCAAUAGCCUGAGAACACUUACAGAGUCUUCCAGAAAGUGCCCUUUCACAUUAUGUAAACAGAUCAUGGGAAACCAAGGGAAUGCAAAGUCAAGGCCUCAUCAGAGCGGGAAAGGAGGCUGAGAUUGGUGGAGAGGAGUGGCUGUUACAUUCUCAUUAGAAUGACAUGUGCAGGGCCAUGAAGCAGCUGGAGAUGGGAUGAAAGACUUAACUUGUGAAUCACAAAAUUUGAGGAGGAAGCAGCCGAAAAGGCCUGGAAGAGUCAAGUGAUUGGCGCUUGGUCAGAUGACUAGAUGAUAGGGAGCCAGGCAUAGAACCCAGAACCCAGGCCAUCAUUUUGUGGCCUCUUUUAUCCUAAAGACAUGUUAGCCAGAGGUGUCUUGCAAAGUACCUGAUUAUAGAGAAGAAUGGAUGUCACUUACCCUAGAACGAGUGAAAUAGAGAUGCCAGGAAGAUAUACCAGGCUUAUCCAGUUUCUUUGCAUUUUUCUGGCAUAGUGUAUAUGAGGCUAUAUGUAUCCUACUUUGUGAAAUCUAGGGGUAAAGCAGGACCCUUCAAAUGUUUUAAAAAUAUAUGCCCCAAGAAAAACCUUUUUUAAGCAUGAACCCUUCCUCCUACAAGUAAACAUUUAUAUAAAUGUCCAACUAUUAAACCAUAUAUGCGUAUGUUAACUCUAAGUAAAGCUUAAUUAUAUGUUUUUUAGACCAUAAAUAUGGAGAUGUUUUAAAAUUUCUUCCAGAGCCCCAGUGGAUGGUCUUACACCUCCCCCACCUCUGGGAUACACACACCUAAUUUUGCAGACCACUGGUCCAGAAUGUAAAUUGAAGAGUUUAAUGUCUAAGCUAUUUGUUCUUUUGUUAGUAGAUUAUCUUUUACUCCCCAUGUUUCUAAUAUCCCUUUGCAAAAUAAUUUUGAGUUAAAGUUGUCAAUUAAAAAACUGUAUCUUCAAGGUAGAAAAGAUAUGGAUAGAAGAUAUAUGUGAAUUAAGUUGUAUCUCUCCUUGAGAAGGGAUACAGUUUUUGACGUAAGGAGAAUUAACACUCCCUUUCAUUGUCUGGGUUGGUAUAAGUAAAAAAUCCUUGUUUUGAAGUUAUUAAGUCUUCCCGUCCCACCAUGUGGUGAUUAGGUUGGUUCAUGAUCUAGAGUUAGGGCUUGGUAAAGUUUACUUUUUUUUUUUUUUUUUUUUUAAUUCUUUCAGCCUUAACUAGCUAGCAAGCAAGCUAGAAAUGACAGAGCAGUAGAAUGGGUAACCUACCAGACUGUCGUACAGGACCUUGUUGAAUGAUGCUGGUAGCAUGCAAGGGUUGUGGAUUUGGUGUGGGCCUUCUGUAGUAUCACCCAAAUUUGAGCAGUUCAUGUAACUAAAAGUAGGAAAAAUAAAGUAGACAGUUUAUUUCAUUUCAGACAUUGGAAGCCCAGGACUGUGGGGAUUAGCUAAGACAAUGAUUCACUGAGUAAAUGCAGUGGAAGACUCUUCAGAUAAUUGGUAGAAUUUCCAUUUUUGCAAUAAAAUAGGAAUAACACUCAUCAUCAUUUGGGGAGAGACUCUAGGGAGGGAUAAAGCUCUGGCUGCAUAGUCAAACCAGACCUACUCAAGGACAAGCAUAUUAGAUAUGUAGGCGUUUCCAAAUAUUUUUUUCAGUUAUGGGGAUGCAAAUCAUUUAAAUAGUAGAGUAACUCAGUUCAUUACUGUUACUGGAAAAACAAGUUUAACCAAGCACAUAUCCUACUGAGGGUGAGUCAACUGUGUCAUUUUAACAGAAGAAGGACAGUACAUUAAACGAGUUAUUCCAAGUCCUGUGGUUUUCCUACAGCUGAGCAAAGACAGCUGUUCUUUCAGAAGUGGGGCUUAGAUGCACAAAAAGAGUUGCCCAUCUCCUUUCUUUCUUGAUUAUAGCCUUUUAGUUUUAUUUUUGUCUGAGACAUUUCAAAAAUUCAUUUCCUCCUUAGAUUUCUAUCAUCAAAUACCCUGAAUUUUGACAGAGUAUUUAUUUAUAGAGUACAUUAUUUAUUAUUAACCUAUUGUAGUUUAAAACUUUAUUUUAAUUCAUCUCCCAUUUCAAGGUCUAUGUUUGCUAUAUAUGUCAGCUAUUCUUUUAAAAAUGUCAAGGAAACAGAGGUGUGAUCUUUUUUAACAUGUCAUUAUUUUCUGUAGUUAUUUAGUGGUGUGGACAUGGAAGAAGGUGGUAUUUUCUGGGACGGUAUACCAAACUUAGUGAUAAAAUUUAUACUUUCAGUUUUGGAGGACAGAGUCUUGUAUUCUCAGCCUUGUGGAUGAGACAGUGCCGUGAGCUGUCUGAGGUUUCCUAAAUUGGGAUUCAACAUCAUGAAGGCAUUGCAGUGUCGAGAUGGCUAUGAACCCUGUGUAAAUGAAGGAAUAUGUGUUACCUACCACAAUGGUACAGGAUACUGCAAAUGUCCAGAGGGCUUCUUGGGAGAAUACUGUCAACAUCGAGACCCCUGUGAGAAGAACCGCUGCCAGAAUGGUGGGACUUGUGUGGCCCAGGCCAUGCUGGGGAAAGCGACAUGCCGAUGCGCCUCCGGGUUCACAGGAGAGGACUGCCAGUACUCGACAUCUCACCCCUGCUUUGUGUCUCGCCCCUGUCUGAAUGGUGGCACAUGCCAUAUGCUCAGCCGGGGUACCUAUGAGUGCACCUGCCAAGUUGGGUUUACAGGUAAACUGUGCCAAUGGACUGAUGCCUGCCUGUCUCAUCCCUGUGCAAAUGGAAGCACCUGUACCACUGUGGCCAACCAGUUCUCCUGCAAAUGCCUCACAGGCUUCACAGGGCAGAAGUGUGAGACUGAUGUCAAUGAGUGUGACAUUCCAGGACACUGCCAGCAUGGUGGCACCUGCCUCAACCUGCCUGGUUCCUACCAGUGCCAGUGCCCUCAGGGCUUCACAGGCCAGUACUGUGAUAGCCCAUAUGUGCCCUGUGCACCCUCCCCUUGUGCCAAUGGAGGCACCUGUCGGCAGACUGGUGACUUCACUUUUGAGUGCAACUGCCUUCCAGGUUUUGAAGGGAACACCUGUGAGAAGAAUAUUGAUGACUGCCCUAACCAUAAAUGUCAGAAUGGAGGAGUUUGUGUGGAUGGGGUCAACACUUAUAACUGCCGUUGUCCUCCACAAUGGACAGGACAGUUCUGCACAGAGGAUGUGGAUGAAUGCCUGCUGCAGCCCAACGCCUGUCAGAAUGGUGGCACCUGUGCCAACCGCAAUGGAGGGUUUGGCUGUGUGUGUGUCAAUGGCUGGAGUGGAGAUGACUGCAGUGAGAACAUUGAUGACUGUGCCUUCGCCUCCUGUACUCCAGGCUCUACCUGCAUUGACCGUGUGGCCUCCUUCUCUUGCAUGUGCCCAGAGGGGAAGGCAGGUCUCCUAUGUCAUCUGGAUGAUGCAUGCAUCAGCAAUCCUUGCCACAAGGGGGCACUGUGUGACACCAACCCCCUGAAUGGGCAGUAUAUUUGCACCUGCCCGCAAGGCUACAAAGGGGCUGACUGCACAGAAGAUGUGGAUGAGUGUGCCAUGGCCAACAGCAAUCCUUGUGAGCAUGCAGGAAAAUGUGUGAACACAGAAGGUGGCUUCCACUGUGAGUGCCUGAAGGGUUAUUCAGGACCUCGUUGUGAGAUGGACAUCAAUGAGUGCCAUUCAGACCCUUGCCAGAAUGAUGCUACCUGUUUGGAUAAGAUUGGAGGCUUCACAUGUCUCUGCAUGCCAGGUUUCAAAGGUGUGCAUUGUGAGUUGGAAAUAAAUGAAUGUCAGAGCAACCCUUGUGUGAACAAUGGGCAAUGUGUGGAUAAAGUCAAUCGUUUCCAGUGUCUGUGUCCUCCUGGUUUUACUGGGCCAGUUUGCCAGAUUGAUAUUGAUGACUGUUCCAGUACUCCAUGUCUGAAUGGGGCAAAGUGUAUUGAUCACCCGAAUGGCUAUGAAUGCCAGUGUGCCACAGGUUUCACUGGUGUGUUGUGUGAGGAGAACAUUGACAACUGUGACCCCGAUCCUUGCCACCAUGGCCAGUGUCAGGAUGGUAUUGAUUCCUACACCUGCAUCUGCAGUCCCGGGUACAUGGGCACCAUCUGCAGUGACCAGAUUGAUGAAUGUUACAGCAACCCUUGCCUGAACGAUGGUCGCUGCAUCGACCUGGUCAAUGGCUACCAGUGUAACUGCCAGCCGGGCACGUCAGGGGUAAAUUGUGAAAUUAAUUUUGAUGACUGUACAAGUAACCCUUGUGUCCAUGGAAUCUGUAUGGAUGGCGUUAAUCACUACAGUUGUGUCUGCUCUCCAGGAUUCACAGGGCAGAGAUGUAACAUUGACAUUGAUGAGUGUGCCUCCAAUCCCUGUCGCAAGGGUGCAACAUGUGUCAAUGGUGUGAAUGGUUUCCGCUGUAUAUGUCCUGAGGGGCCCCAUCACCCCAGCUGCUACUCACAGGUGAACGAAUGCCUGAGCAACCCCUGCAUCCAUGGAAACUGUACUGGAGGUCUCAGCGGAUAUAAGUGCCUCUGUGAUGCAGGCUGGGUUGGCAUCAACUGUGAAGUAGACAAAAAUGAAUGCCUUUCUAACCCAUGCCAGAAUGGAGGAACUUGUGACGAUCUGGUGAAUGGAUACCGGUGUACUUGCCCGAAGGGAUUUAAAGGCUAUAACUGCCAGGUGAAUAUUGAUGAAUGUGCCUCAAAUCCAUGCCUGAACCAAGGAACCUGCUUUGAUGACAUAAGUGGCUACACUUGCCACUGUGUGCUGCCGUACACAGGCAAGAAUUGUCAAACAGUAUUGGCUCCCUGUUCCCCAAAUCCUUGUGAGAAUGCUGCUGUUUGCAAAGAGUCACCAAAUUUUGAGAGUUAUACCUGCUUAUGUGCUCCUGGCUGGCAAGGUCAGCAGUGUACCAUUGACAUUGAUGAGUGUAUCUCCAAGCCCUGCAUGAACCAUGGUCUCUGCCAUAACACCCAGGGUAGCUACAUGUGUGAAUGCCCACCAGGCUUCAGUGGCAUGGACUGUGAGGAGGACAUCGAUGACUGCCUUGCCAAUCCUUGCCAGAAUGGAGGUUCCUGUGUGGAUGGAGUGAAUACUUUCUCCUGCCUCUGCCUUCCGGGUUUCACUGAGGAUAAGUGCCAGACAGACGUGAAUGAGUGUCUGAAUGAACCCUGUAAGAAUGGAGGGACCUGCUCUGACUACGUCAACAGUUACACUUGCAAGUGCCAGGCAGGAUUUGAUGGAGUCCACUGUGAGAACAACAUCGAUGAGUGCACUGAGAGCUCCUGUUUCAAUGGUGGCACAUGUAUUGAUGGGGUUAACUCCUUCUCUUGCUUGUGCCCUGUGGGUUUCACUGGACCCUUCUGCCUCCAUGAGAUCAAUGAAUGCAGCUCUCAUCCAUGUCUGAAUGAGGGAACAUGUGUUGAUGGCCUGGGUACCUACCACUGCACCUGCUCCUUGGGCUACACUGGAAAAAACUGUCAGACCCUGGUGAACCUCUGCAGUCAGUCUCCAUGUAAAAACAAAGGUACUUGCGUUCAGGAAAAAGCAGAGUCCCGGUGCCUGUGUCCAUCUGGAUGGGCUGGUGCUUAUUGUGACGUGCCCAAUGUCUCUUGUGACAUAGCGGCCUCCAGCAGAGGCGUGCCUGUUGAACACUUGUGCCAGCACUCAGGUGUCUGCAUCAACGCUGGCAACACGCAUUACUGUCAAUGUCCCCUGGGCUAUACUGGGAGCUACUGCGAGGAGCAGCUCAAUGAGUGUGCGUCCAACCCCUGCCAUCACGGGGCAACAUGCAGUGACUUCAUUGGUGGAUACAGAUGUGAGUGCGUCCCAGGCUACCAGGGUGUCAACUGUGAGUAUGAAGUGGAUGAGUGCCAGAAUCAGCCCUGCCAGAAUGGAGGCACCUGUAUUGACCUUGUGAACCAUUUCAAGUGCUCCUGCCCACCAGGCAGUCGGGGCCUACUCUGUGAAGAGAACAUUGACGACUGUGCCGGGGGUCCCCACUGCCUUAAUGGUGGCCAGUGUGUGGAUAGGAUCGGAGGCUACAGUUGUCGCUGCUUGCCUGGCUUUGCUGGGGAACGUUGUGAGGGAGACAUCAACGAGUGCCUUUCCAACCCCUGCAGCUCUGAGGGCAGCCUGGACUGUAUCCAGCUCACCAAUGACUACCUGUGUGUUUGUCGUAGUGCCUUCACUGGCCGGCACUGUGAAACCUUCAUCGAUGUGUGUCCCCAGAUGCCCUGCCUGAAUGGAGGGACUUGUGCUGUGGCCAGCAACAUGCCUGAUGGUUUCAUUUGCCGUUGUCCCCCGGGCUUUUCCGGGGCAAGAUGCCAGAGCAGCUGUGGACAAGUGAAAUGUAAGAAAGGGGAGCAGUGUGUACACACCGCCUCUGGACCCCGCUGCUUCUGCCCCAACCCCCGGGACUGUGAGUCAGGCUGUGCCAGUAGUCCCUGCCAGCACGGGGGCAGCUGCCACCCUCAGCGCCAGCCUCCUUUUUACUCCUGCCAGUGCACCCCACCAUUCUGGGGCAGCCUCUGUGAACUCUACACGGUGCCCCCCAGCACCCCUCCUGCCACCUGUCAGAGCCAAUAUUGUGCGGAUAAAGCUCGGGAUGGCGUCUGUGAUGAGGCCUGCAACAGCCACGCCUGCCAGUGGGAUGGCGGUGACUGUUCUCUCACCAUGGAGAACCCCUGGGCCAACUGCUCCUCCCCGCUUCCCUGCUGGGAUUAUAUCAACAACCAGUGUGAUGAGCUGUGCAACACAGCCGAGUGCCUGUUUGACAACUUUGAAUGCCAGGGGAACAGCAAGACAUGCAAGUAUGACAAAUACUGUGCAGACCACUUCAAAGACAACCACUGUGACCAGGGCUGCAACAGUGAGGAGUGUGGCUGGGAUGGGCUGGAUUGUGCUGCUGACCAGCCCGAGAACCUGGCAGAGGGUACCCUCGUUAUUGUGGUGUUGUUGCCACCUGAACAACUGCUCCAGGAUGUUCGCAGUUUCUUGCGGGCACUGGGCACCCUGCUUCACACCAACCUGCGCAUUAAGCGGGACUCCAAGGGGGAACCUAUGGUGUACCCCUAUUAUGGUGAGAAGUCAGCUGCCAUGAAGAAACAGAGGAUGACACGUAGGUCCCUUCCUGGUGAACAAGAACAGGAGGUGGCUGGCUCUAAAGUCUUUCUAGAAAUUGACAACCGCCAGUGUGUUCAAGACUCAGACCACUGCUUCAAGAAUACAGAUGCAGCAGCAGCUCUCCUAGCCUCUCACGCCAUACGGGGGACCCUAUCAUACCCUCUCGUGUCUGUCAUCAGUGAAUCCCCGACUCCAGAACGCACUCAGCUGCUCUAUCUACUUGCUGUUGCUGUUGUCAUCAUUCUGUUUAUUAUUCUGCUGGGGGUUAUCAUGGCAAAACGAAAGCGUAAGCAUGGCUCUCUCUGGCUGCCUGAAGGUUUCACUCUUCGCCGAGAUGCAAGCAAUCACAAGCGUCGUGAGCCAGUGGGACAGGAUGCUGUGGGGCUUAAAAAUCUUUCGGUGCAAGUCUCAGAAGCUAACCUAAUUGGCUCUGGAACAAGUGAACACUGGGUUGAUGAUGAAGGGCCCCAGCCAAAGAAAGUGAAGGCUGAAGAUGAGGCCUUGCUCUCGGAAGAAGACGACCCUAUCGAUCGACGGCCAUGGACACAGCAGCACCUUGAAGCCGCAGACAUCCGUAGGACACCAUCACUGGCCCUCACCCCACCUCAGGCAGAGCAGGAGGUGGAUGUGUUGGACGUGAAUGUCCGGGGCCCAGAUGGCUGCACCCCGUUGAUGUUGGCUUCUCUCCGAGGAGGCAGCUCAGAUUUGAGUGAUGAAGAUGAAGAUGCAGAGGACUCUUCUGCUAACAUCAUCACAGACUUGGUGUACCAGGGUGCCAGCCUUCAGGCCCAGACAGACCGGACUGGUGAGAUGGCCCUGCACCUUGCAGCCCGCUACUCACGGGCUGAUGCCGCCAAGCGUCUCCUUGAUGCAGGUGCAGAUGCCAAUGCCCAGGACAACAUGGGCCGCUGCCCCCUACAUGCUGCAGUGGCAGCUGAUGCCCAAGGUGUCUUCCAGAUUCUGAUUCGCAACCGAGUAACUGAUCUAGAUGCCAGGAUGAAUGAUGGUACUACACCCCUGAUCCUGGCUGCCCGCCUGGCUGUGGAGGGAAUGGUGGCAGAACUGAUCAACUGCCAAGCAGAUGUGAAUGCAGUGGAUGACCAUGGAAAAUCUGCUCUUCACUGGGCAGCUGCUGUCAAUAAUGUGGAGGCGACUCUUUUGCUGUUGAAAAAUGGGGCCAACCGAGACAUGCAGGACAACAAGGAAGAGACACCUCUGUUUCUUGCUGCCCGGGAGGGGAGCUAUGAAGCAGCCAAGAUCCUGUUAGACCAUUUUGCGAAUCGAGACAUCACAGACCACAUGGAUCGUCUCCCCCGCGAUGUGGCUCGGGAUCGCAUGCACCAUGACAUCGUGCGCCUCCUGGAUGAAUACAAUGUGACCCCAAGCCCUCCGGGCACCGUGCUGACUUCUGCUCUCUCACCUGUCAUCUGUGGGCCCAACAGGUCUUUCCUCAGCCUGAAGCACACCCCAAUGGGCAAGAAGUCUAGACGGCCCAGUGCCAAGAGUACCAUGCCCACUAGCCUCCCUAACCUUGCCAAGGAGGCUAAGGAUGCCAAGGGCAGUAGGCGGAAGAAGUCUGUGAGCGAGAAGGUCCAACUGUCUGAGAGUUCUGUAACUCUGUCCCCUGUUGAUUCCCUAGAAUCACCUCACACAUAUGUGUCUGACACCACAUCCUCUCCAAUGAUUACAUCCCCUGGGAUCUUGCAGGCCUCACCCAACCCUAUGUUGGCUACUGCCGCCCCUCCUGCCCCAGUCCAUGCCCAGCAUGCACUGUCUUUUUCUAACCUUCAUGAAAUGCAGCCUUUGGCUCAUGGGGCCAGCACUGUGCUUCCCUCAGUGAGCCAGUUGCUGUCCCACCACCACAUUGUGCCCCCAGGCAGUGGCAGUGCUGGAAGCUUGGGUAGGCUCCAUCCAGUCCCAGUCCCAGCAGAUUGGAUGAACCGCAUGGAGGUGAAUGAGACCCAGUACAAUGAGAUGUUUGGUAUGGUCCUGGCUCCAGCUGAGGGCGCCCACCCUGGCAUAGCUCCCCAGAGCAGGCCACCUGAAGGGAAGCACAUAACCACCCCUCGGGAGCCCUUGCCCCCCAUUGUGACUUUCCAGCUCAUCCCUAAAGGCAGUAUUGCCCAGCCAGCGGGGGCUCCCCAGCCUCAGUCCACCUGCCCUCCAGCUGUUGCGGGUCCCCUGCCCACCAUGUACCAGAUUCCAGAAAUGGCCCGUUUGCCCAGUAUGGCUUUCCCUACUGCCAUGAUGCCCCAGCAGGAUGGGCAGGUAGCUCAGACCAUUCUUCCAGCCUAUCAUCCUUUCCCAGCCUCUGUGGGCAAGUACCCCACACCCCCUUCACAGCAUAGUUAUGCUUCCUCAAAUGCUGCUGAGCGAACACCCAGUCACAGUGGUCACCUCCAGGGUGAGCAUCCCUACCUGACACCAUCCCCAGAGUCUCCUGACCAGUGGUCAAGUUCAUCACCCCACUCUGCUUCUGACUGGUCAGAUGUGACCACCAGCCCUACCCCUGGGGGUGCUGGAGGAGGUCAGCGGGGACCUGGGACACACAUGUCUGAGCCAACACACAACAACAUGCAGGUUUAUGCGUGAAAGAGGCUGCCUCCAGUGUAGAGACAUAACUGCCUUUUGUAAAUGCUGCUGAGGAACAAAUGAAGGUCAUCCGGGAGAGAAAUGAAGAAAUCUCUGGAGCCAGCUUCUAGAGGUAGGAAAGAGAAGAUGCUCUUAUCAUUCACGUAAUGCAGGAGAAGCAGUUCAUCAGUUUCACUGGAUAUCAGCAAGGCUUAUUGGGGGGCAUGGCUCCUUCUAAUCUAAUAAUCAAGACAAGUUCAUGGAAAUGCAAGAUGAAUACAAGCUUUGGGACCAUGUUUACUAUCUUCUAUUUGGAGAAUAAGAUGGAUGCUUAUUGAAGCCCAGACAUUCUUGCAGCUUGGACUGCGUUUUAAACCCUGUGGGCUUCUGCCAUAUCCAUGAGAAGAUUCUACACUAGAGUCCUAUUGGGAAUUGUGCCCCAGAAUUCUGCCUGAAUUGACCUACGCAUCUUCUCCUCCUUGGACAUUCUUUUGUCUUCAUUUGGUGCUUUUGAUUUUGCACCUCUCCGUGAUUGUAGCCCUACCAGCAUGUAAUAGGGCAAGACCUUUGUGCUUUUAAUCAUUCUGGCCCAUGAAAGAGACUUCAGCCUCCUUUCCCCUCCUGUCUUCCCAGCAUCCCUUGGAGUCUCACAGGGGUUACUUUGGUAUGGUUCUCAGCAUAAACCUUUGAAGUAUGUUUCUUUUGCAAAUGGACAUACUGUAUUGUGUUCUCCUACAUAGAUCAUUCCUAGAGAAAGAAGGGGAACAGAAUAUUUUUCUUGAGCAAAUUUUGGGGACAGGAGAUCCCUUCAAGACGCUGCACCUUAAUUUCUCUUGUCUGUAUACAAAACUUUACCAGGAAGAAGGGUAUAAGUCUGUUGUUUUUCUGUGAGUGGGCCUGGACAUUGUGAAGUUUUAUCGUUGAUAGUCUAGUUACUAUGAUUCUCCACUUUUUUAAAACCAGAAAAAGGAUUGGAAUGUUAGAAUGACCAAGAGACAAGCUAACUUGUGUAAGAGGAAGUUACCCACCCGCAGGUCCCCCAGCUUCCUGCCCAACAUUCCGUUCACUGCCUGUAUGGAACACAUUUGUCCCAGAUCUGAGCACUCUAGGCCUGUUUCACUCACUCACCCAGCACAUGAAAGUAGUCUUUUAAUUGUUGAGCCUUUCAUCUCCACAGAAGAAAAUGUCUGAAAUGUUGUACCCUUGCCAUUUAGGACUGAACUUUCCUUAGCCCAAGGGGCCAAGUGACAGUUGUCUUCUUUUUGUCCGGUGAUCAGUGUCUACCUCCUGAUUAUCUUUCUGCUUAAAGGCCUGCUGACCAAGCUUUCUUUCACACUGUGUGGUCUGAGUUACUGGUAUACCCAGUAUGUUCUCACUGAAGACGACUUUCUGUGUUCAAGUGAAGGAAAUGGAAAGUCGGGCUUGUUUUCUAGGGUCUAAGCCCUAUAAGAAGGUUGGAAAAGGAGGAACUAUAUAGCAGCCUUUGCUAUUUUCUGCUACCGUUUCUUUCCUUUGAAGUGGCCAUGACUUUCCCUUUGGCAACUAACAUAGAAACUCACCAGAACGUUUUCCUUUCCUAGAGUCACCUUCUAGAUGAUAGUGGACAACAACUCAUUGUCGUCAUUCUCAUGUUCAGACUGUGAUUGCCCCUCACCUGAAUCCGCUCUCUGUAUCCAGGUUCUUGGCAAUUUCCUUGACUCUCUUUUAAUUCCAGAAGCAUCUUAAUCAAUUGUAGAAAAAGAAUAGUUUUCUUUUUCUUAUCCUUGGGCCAGUUAAUAAUUCGUCCUUGGCUACACUGCCACUUCUGUACAGUGCUGCGAUGCCCAUGACUCCUGCAAAAUAAUUUCUGCCUGGGCAUUUUGUAGAUAUUAAUAGGUGGAUUCCUGACUCUUGGUUUGAAUGACAGUUCUCAUUGGAUGGCUGCAGAUAUACAUCAGUGCACCCCACUUACCUGAUUUGUCUGUCGAUGGCCCCAUAUGGAAAAGUCUGUUGGCAUAAUAGUUUACAAAUGGUUUUUUCACUCCUAUUCAAAUUUAUUGGACCAACAAAAAUAAUUAGUUCUGCCCUGAGAUAAGCAGAUUAAGUUUGCUCAUUUUCUGCUGUAUUCUCUCCACGUGGCAACAAUCCGUCAGCUUCUUUCAUAGUGUGCAGACAUUUUAUCAUUCCAAAUGGUGACUCUCUGCCCUUGGACCCAUUUAUUAUUCACAGACGGGGAGAACCCAUCUGCAUGGACCUCUCUGGACACAGCAUACCUGCCCCUUCCUGCCCUCCUGCUCCUUCCCCACUUCUGGAAGUAUUAGCCGCUGAUCCAGCCACUUGAAUAUUUUAUAUCCUCCCUUUUCCCUAAGCACAAUGUUGGACCAAAUUGCUUGUUUCUUUUUCUCGGAAUACUUUAAUUUGGAUCCUUUGGGUUUGGAGAAAGGGAUUGUGAAAGCUGUCAUUAUAGACAACAGGUUUCAGUGAGGAGGAGGAGGAGGACAACACUGCCUUUCAGACAUUUUACUGAUCUCUUAAAGAACUCUUGAAUUGUGUGGUAUCUAAUAAAAGGGAAGGUAAGCUGGAUAAUAACUUUCUUAUUUGGAUUCUGAAUUGGAGACUCAGUUUUUACAAGACACAUCUUUUAUGCCAUGUAUAGAUCCUCUGCUGCCAUUUUUGGUUUAUUUUUAUUUUUAUAAAUUCUUCCUUUCUUUGACUCCUCUUCUGCCUGCCUUUGGGGAUAGGUUUUUUGUUUGCUUAUUUGCUCCCUCUGUAUGUGAUGGUGGGGGAGGGAGAGGUGGGAGGAAGAGAGUCUGAGAAUUAAAGAUUUCAGUGUAAGCAAUCAGCUAUGAUGCUCAAAUCCAUUGCAUCAUCUUAUUGAAUUUGCCAGUUUGUGAUUCUUGCAUAGUAAAGAACCAAAGGUAUAAUGUUUUGUUGAGAGGUGGUUUGGGGGUUUUGACCCUAACCAGUACAUUGAAUGUAUGAUGACUAUUUGGGAGGACACAUUGAUGUACCCAGAGGCCCCCACUAAUAACUGGUACUAUGGUUAUUUCCUUGUGUACAUUUCUCUUAAAAGUGAUAUAUCUGUUUGUAUGAGAAACCCAAUAACCAAUAAAAAUGACCGCAUAUUCCUGACUAAACAUAGUAAGGAAAAUGCACACUUUGUUUUUACUUUUCCAUUUCAUGCUAAAGGUAGUUAAGAUGAAAUUUAUAUGAAAGCAUUUUUAUCACAAAAUAAAAAAGGUUUGCCAAGAUCA